AUGGGUGAAGAAGCCAAAAAGGAGGAAACUAAGCCAGAGGAGAAGAAAGAAGAAAAACAAGAAGAAAAGAAGGCAGAGGAGAAAAAAGAAGAGAAAGCUGAAGAAAAGAAAGAAGAAGAGCCUAAAAAACCACCUCCACCUUUUGUGUUGUAUGUGGACUUGCAUUGUGUGGGCUGUGCCAAGAAAAUUGAGAGAUCCAUUCUUAAAAUUAGAGGAGUGGAAGGAGUUUCGACCGAUAUGUUGAAAAACGAGGUCACGAUAAAGGGAGUCGUGGAGCCACAAGCCGUGUGUAAUAGAGUUAUGAAGAAAACAAAGAGAAGGGCAAAGGUUUUAUCCCCUUUGCCGGAGGCUGAAGGGGAACCCAUGCCGGAAGUUGUUGCCUCUCAGGUGAGUGGAUUAACUACUGUGGAGCUUAACGUGAACAUGCAUUGUGAGGCUUGUGCCCAGCAGCUUAAGAAAAAAAUACUCAAAAUGAAAGGAGUAAGAACCGCAGAUACAGAGCUAAGCUCCGGUAAAGUCACGGUCACCGGAACCAUGGACGCCGACAGGCUCGUUGACUACGUCUACCGGCGGACGAGGAAGCAGGCCAAAAUCGUUCCCCAGCCCCAACCCGAACCCGAGCCCGAAAAUCCCUCUGAAGAGGGCCCGAAGCCAGAGGAAGAGAAGAAAGAUGAAAAACCGGCCGCCUCAGAAGAAGGCGGCGGGAAACCCGAGGAAAAUAAGAAAGAGGACGGCGAGAAGAAGGACACGCCUCCGCCGGAGCCGGUGGAGGAGAAGAAAGACGGCGGCCCGCCGGAGCAAGGCGGCGAGUCGGUGGAGGUCAGCAUGGAGGAGCAUGCCGUGCAUAAAAUGAUGUAUCAUUAUUAUCAGCCGGUGUAUAUGAUCGAGAGGAUUCCGGCGCCGCAGCUAUUUUCCGACGAAAAUCCUAACGCUUGUAGAAUUAUGUGA